AUGCCAUUAACUGCUGCAGAGAAGUCAAAGCGAUACAGGGACAAGUUGAAAGAACGUAUUAGCCCUGACGAGUAUAAAAGAAGAGAUCGGGAACGUAAAAAGAAAAAGAGACAAGGCUUGUCUAAUCGUGAGCUGAAGAAGUUGAGAGCUGCUCAGGCAGAAAACCAGAGGAGAUACAGACAAAAAGUUUGUGAGAAAGAGAAUCUCAAUUGUUCUGCACAGAGCCUCGGAAAGGCUACUAAGCGUGUCAUUGAAACACUACCUAAGAGUCCAAGGAAGCGUAGUAAAUUAGUUAAAAUACUUGCUGAGAAGUUUGCAGCAUGCGACACUGAAGUCAUACUUGCACAAUCAGGAUGUCAAGGUUUACCAAAGUCAACACUUGAUGCCGUAACAUCUCACUUUUGCCAUGACGAUAUUUCCUGGCAAAGCCCAUCUAGAAAAGACGUAAUAGCAAUCAAGGCCAAUGGUGAAAAGAAGUUGGUGGCAAAGCGGUUCUUGCGAAUGUCUUUGAAAGAAUGCCAUGCUCUCUAUCUUGAAAGGAACCCUGAAAACAAAAUUGGACUAACUAAGUUUACCUUACUUAGGCCAACACAUGUUUCACUAUCCAGACACUUUCCACACAAUUUAUGUAUUUGUAAAUACCACGAAAAUGUCAGGCUACUUUUACAGGCUGUGAAGAUAGCUACAUCUGCCACUAAUAUUCAGACAGAAUUUCGGCCAUUCAUUGACAGCAUAACGUGCAACCAAGAGAAUGAAAAUUGUAUGUACCGAAGAUGUGAUGCCUGUGUAUCAAAAUUUGAUGACGUAUUCUCUUUUCCGGCGGCAGUUGAAGACACCAGGAUAAGUUGGUACCAAUGGACUUCCGUUGAAGGCCACAUGGAAAAGGCAAGUUUUAUUUUUUAUCUCAAAAGUUAUUUUUUUCAAAUAGUAUAUUAUUUUAUAUAUUAUAUAUUUUUAAUGAAUAUGUUUGUAAAAUUUCAGGUUGAACAGCAUGGAAAUCUACAUGAAUGUGUAGCCCUACUUCGUGAACAGACACCAUCAUUUUUGGUUCACACAUUCAUAAAGAGACAACAAAGCCAAUAUUUUGAAGCCGAGAAGCAGAAAGCAGAUGAUGAGUAUGCUGUCAUUCAAGUGGAUUUUGCAGAGAACUUUGCGAUAGUACACCAAGAUGAAAUCCAGAGUGCUCACUGGAGUCACAAACAAAUAACAUUGUUUACGUGUUGCGCACAUGUAGGAGAUGGUGUCCAGUCAUACGUUAUAGUGAGUGAUGAAAUGAAUCACGGCAAGUAUGAAGUAGCGGAAUUCCUUGACUGCAUUAUAAGGGAUUUACAAACAAAGUUCCCUGGAUUGAAUACAGUCUCCUUCUUCAGCGAUGGCGCCGCAAGCCAAUUUAAGCAAAAGUACUUGUUUGAGAAUCUUACAUACUUUAAACACGAUUAUAACAUUAGCUGCUCAUGGAACUUUUUCGCAACAUCUCACGGCAAAGGAGCAGUAGAUGGGAUUGGGGGGGGGGGUUGUAAAGAAUUCGGUUUUCCGCAAAAUGAAGUUAGGUGCCUUUGUUAAUGAUGCAGAGUCUUUCACCAAAGUGGCUAUGGAAAGUGCACCAGGAAUUAACAUUAAGCUUCUUUUAUCUAAGGAUAUUUUGAAAAAAAAAAGUAAACUUGAUGGACGAUGGGAAAAAGUAAAGACUCUGCCAAAUACACAGAGCAUACAUUUUGUGAAGCCAGUUGCUGAUCACACUGUGAAAUAUGCAACCUACAGCAGUUCAAAUGAUGUGAAAGAGUUUGUACUGGUACCACCAGAAGUGUCAUCUCUACCAAGGAAAGAAGUUGUGUCGCACACUGCUAACUGUGGAGAUUUCAUUCUCGUAAAAUAUGUGGCCGACAAGAGCAACAAGUUAUUUAAUUACGUCGCUCUAGUUACUGAAGUUCAAUCUGAUGGUUUGCUGGUAACUCAUUUGUUCAAAAAUGACAAAGAUGGGAAAGUUUUUGUAGUCAAGGAAGUGACAGACAAAGUUGGAUUAAUUGAUUCAGACCAAGUGGUGGCUGUUCUUCCUUCUCCAUAUAUGGACAAUAGAGAAAGAUAUCAUUUUGAGAGAGCAAUAACUGAUGCUUUGUGAGGUUUUAAUGCUUCAAUAUACAAACAGAUUGACCAUUAACAUCUGUAAUUUUGUGGAAAUUCACAUGCUGCUUUUGGGUGUUGUUAAUAUACUUAAGAAUCACCAGUAAAUUAUAGCAAUAUUCCAAUGUCAUUCCGCUACUGUCAUUCCGCCACUAUAAUUAUAUUCAUAAAUAAUGAUAUAUAUUUGAUUAAGUUGAAUAAUUAAACAACUAUAUUUCUCAGAAUGUUUUUAAGUAUAGAUAGGCAAACUCUAGACUAAAAAUAUAAUGUUAUUGUGUUUUGGUAUAUACAGUAUAAACAAUCCAAUAUUUUUAUUAAUUUUCAUAAUUUUUAUAAUUGUGUUUGAGACUUGAUAAAUUAAAAUAAAUUUUGUUUCAAGUGAAUUGCUUCAGCAUUGUUUUCAUAAAAAGUGAAGGAUUUUACAUUUAGUCAAGAAGGUUUUUCAUAAAUAUUAAUUUCAAAUGCACUUUUAUCAAUGGUCAUUCCGCUACUGUGAUUCCGCUACCAGACAUGGUCUUAUAUUUUUAUAAAUAUCUCCAAAACUAUAAACAUUUAUAAAAAUCAAUGUUUUGCAUUCAAUACUACACUAAAUUAUGAUUAACUGAGAUGUAUUCAAUUUUUAAAUCACUUUCAUAAAUCAGAGGGUUUUAAUAAAAUGUGAAGUGGUAAAAAUAGAGGGUAUUUUUUUUGUCUUUCCGCUACCAUACAUAUUUUUUGAUAUUAUAUCAAAAUUGUGAUAGAUUUAAAAAAAAACUAGGGUGGAAAUUAUAGAUGGAUUCCAUAGUUAUGUAAAUAUGAUAAUUAUUCCAAGAAUUAGAAUGGAGUGUAAAUAUGACAUUAGAUUAAAGUUAAAAAGUUCAGGAAAAUAGUGAUUCCGCUACCGUGAAAUUGCCCAAAACCUAAAGCAAAAAGACUGUUACAACAGUAAUUUAAUCAAUUAAUAAUUAAUUGAAGAUUCUGAACAAUAUCUCUAUAAUGCAGUUGGAUACAAAAAAAUACCAUUUUUUUUUAAAGGUAAUAUUUAUUUUCUGUCUAAAAGUUUGUGGGAUAAAAUGCAUUAACUAGGUAAAAAGUGGACUAUUGGUCAUUGAUUUAAUUUUUUUUUUUUAAAAUCAAAUUAAAAAAAUCAUUUUUUAAUCUUUAAAAUUAGCUGGUAAACGAUCUACUGUAAACAAUAACUAUUAUAAUCUUGACAAUAAUAUCCUGUAUAUUCUACACAAAUAUGCAAAUGCAGGAAACGUCUGUUAAUUAUAAUCACAUUUUUAAAAAAAUGAUUCAUAAUGUAUAACUGUAAAUGUCUUUUAUCUGAAAGAUCAGCACUUGAUAAUAAUAAUAACUGAAAUCACCAAUUGGGUUCAUUUUUUUUAUAAAAAUGUUAAAUAAUAAAAAUUUCUAAGCGAAGAAGGAAAACACUCUUGCGCAGUUUGACUAAAUUAAACAAUAAAAAAUCAAAAUUAACAAAGAGAUACAAUUAUGACACAAAAAAAUCUACAAAAGCAAUGAAAAUAUUUACAAAGUUUGAAAAAAACCUUAAUAAUAAUAAAAAAACAAAGAUAAUUUUUAAUUAAAGAUAGACAAUCACUAUAUUUUCAACUACUAUAUUACUUUAAGAGAAAAUUAUUAAUAAGUUUUCCAAAAAACAAUUAACUUUGAUUGCAUUUGAUAUCAGCAGUAGGGUGCAGAUGUUUGAGUCACAAUUACUCUACAACAGAAAACCCUCACAAAGAAAGUGAAAGGCAAAUAAAACAACAACAGGUUUUUGGUUGUCUGCAUAGUUGUCUAACUACAAAAUCAUAUUUUCAUCAGUACUCUGAUAAUAAACUAAUAUGUUAUAUUUAUAAUUGGCAACUCAUAGUCAUUUUCGCUCACUUUACUGUUUAAUUUUCAAUCAUUGUAUUAUUAAUAUACUGUAAGACAUCCAGGUAAACAUCAAUACCAUGCUGAGAACUAGGUCUUAAUGGGUUAAUUUCUUGUUGAAGUUGUUGAUAAACCUCAUCUAUUAAAAUAUUUCUUGGCUCUUCUACCA